AUGGACCUGCCAUCUUUAUUGGUUUGCUUACUGCUGGAAGUCCUGGCUGCAAACUGUCGAGAGGCGGCGCAGGAACGUAUCGUGGGAGGAUACGCACCGGUCCCACAUUCGAUCAAGUACAUUGUGUCGAUACAGACAACACAGCGUCAGCACUUCUGCGGGGGCUCCUUGAUAAAUAAGUACUGGGUAAUCACAGCAGCACACUGCAACAUCGGGGUGAACAGAAUGAUGAUCGUGGCAGGGGACUACUCUCUGGCCAUCUAUGAGGGCACAGAACAAGGAAUCCUGCCCCAGCUUUUGGUUCCCCACCCUGACUACAACAGCACCACCAACAACAACGACAUUAUGCUUAUAAAGCUGAAGGCCCCGGUCUAUCUGAACAGCUACGUAUCCAUCGCCCUGCUGCCCCGGCAGGGCGCCUCCAUAGCCGAGGGCAGAAUGUGUCGAGUGUCAGGCUGGGGAUACACCAGCCCCACGGGCCAGAUCCCGGCCACCCUUCGCACCGUCAAGCUCCCCAUCGUGUCCACAAAAAAAUGCAACAGCAGCGAGUCGUUCGAUGGCAGGAUCACAGAAAACAUGCUCUGUGCCGGGUUCAGUGCUGGUGGAAAGGACGCCUGUAAGGGCGACUCUGGGGGUCCACUUAUAUGUGAGGGCCGGGUCUACGGUGUGGUGUCCUGGGGGAGCGGAUGUGCUGAAGCCCAGUUUCCUGGAGUCUACACUGCUGUGUCCAAGUACCGAAGGUGGAUAGACAGCACCAUAUUCAACUACUACAGCAGGUGUAAACAGGAUUAG